AUGAAUACAAGAGCAAAUCUGAUAUCAGCAAAAAAACCGAAUUUCCACAAUUCCCCCUUGCGGCAGGAGAUCGAGGUUUCCCCGAAAGGGCUGCCCAACAAUCUUAGAAAGCUCAAGAUCUGGUCUGAUCUUAAAAUCGGAUUGUUUGGAGUGUUUCCCAGUCCCGAUGAUAAUUCUCCAAUGAUCAUGCCUCGGAUUCACCGCUUCGUGCUGGAAAAAGUUGCGGGAGCUGCAGGGUUAUAG